GUUCCCACUUCUACUACUACCAUCUGCCAAGUGCCAACACUACUCCGCCUUUUUACGAUAAAGAUACUUUUUAUACAACGCGACGACAACUUCCCCUCAUCGGAAAAUUAAAAUUGAUGGAAGGUACUGGUAUCAGAUUGUUUGGGAAGAAGAUUGCGUACCCAGAAAGAGGGAAUAUUGAUAAUCUUCCAGUCGUCUCCACCGCCGCAGUGGAGUCUAGUGAUGGUGGUCACAAUCAACAAGGUGGUUGUGAUCUCAAUCAUGGUUUGACGAUGGAGGACAAUAAUUAUUUGCAAGAAGAUAAGAAACAAGAAGAUGGCAACAUUAAAACUCCCAUGGGUGACGAUGCAGCUGAUAAAGCUCUAAAGAAACCCGACAAGAUUCUUCCAUGUCCUCGUUGUAAUAGCAUGGACACAAAGUUCUGUUACUACAACAAUUACAAUGUCAGGCAGCCUCGCCAUUUCUGCAAAAGCUGCCAGAGGUACUGGACUGCCGGAGGCACCAUGAGGAACAUGCCGGUGGGAUCAGGUCGCCGGAAAAACAAGAAUCCAACAUCCCGAUGUCAGUUUGUAACCAUUUCCCAAGAAGCUUUCCAAGCAGCUCAGAUCGAAGUUGCUAAUGCUUGUAACGGAGUUCAAAACGUUCCUCUCAAAUUACUUUCUUUUGGCUCGGAUUCACCGGAUUAUAAUUGUAGAAACAAAGAAAACGGAGAUGAUUGCUCCACUGGAUCCACUGUGACUACUUCUAAUUCCUCGGUUGAGAGAAUGCACGAAAGAAAUGGAUUCCAUUCGCAUGUACCGAGUAUUCCAGGGCAUCCUUGGUCUUAUAAUCCUUGGAAUUGCGCCAUUCCGAUUCCAGCAGGACCGAUGUACCCUUCACCUUACUGGAAUUAUAUUCCUUGGUUACCCCAAGCCGACUCUUCCAUCUUAGGAAAGCAUUCGAGAGAAGGGGAAUUGAUGAGUCCAAAUGGUUUUGAAGAGGCAAAGAAACAAAAGAGUUCAGUUUUGGUUCCAAAGACUCUUAGAAUUGAUGAUCCAGAUGAAGCUGCGAAGAGUUCUUUAUGGUUAACACUUGGCAUCAAGAAUGAAAGCAUCCGAACAGGAGGAAUCUUUAAGGCCUUCCAAACAAAGGUCGAAGAAAAUAAGAAGCACCAUGACAUUACUACUUCUCCUGUAUUACAGGCCAACCCUGCUGCUUUGUCUAGGUCACUAUGCUUUCAAGAAAGAGCCUAAGAAUGAACAAAUCGUAAAGGUUUGAUCAACACUUUGUUUCGGGGUGAUAUACUUUCAGAAAUGGUUAAGGGUUCGAGUCUCAAUGGUAACUGCAAUACGAGGAUUACCAUUCUAAUGUAGAUUGGGCUCUUUGUAUGCACCAGAUUCUUAACAGGCUGAUGUGUACCUCAUUAUCUCACAUGAUGUUCAUGAGGAAAACGGGUGAGCGCAGAAGUUACAGGAAAAAUUACCAUUGUUACAUUAACAUUGUUUCAUAUAUGUGUUUUUUUUUUUUUUUUUAUUUCUUUAUUAUUAUUUAGGAAUAGUAAGAUACAAGGAUUAUUAGCACUAUGAGAAACACAAUGUUUGUUGUAUAGUUUUAGGUAUUCCAAACUUUUUUUAUAUUGAUAUUUGUUUAGUAUAUAUUUCUUUUUCCUAAAAAGUGACUCUUUUUUCGUGUCCA